AGAGUCGUUCAGUAAAAACGAAUCGCGGGUCUCUGAUCUCCAGCUGCUGGUUAUUGUCUGUGUGUGUAAAAUCAGUGGCUUAUUGUAAGGGCAGGAUCCUGUCCGCGGGAAACAUGUCGGCAGGUUUAGCGGGGCUGAUGAUGGAGAAUGAGGAUUAAUGGCGGGUUCAGCAGCAGCAGCGCGGCCGAGGCGAACACACCCGGAGCCCAGCGCGGAGCUGCAGUCGGCGGGGCGGGAGGGAUGGGGACGGUGCUGCAGGAGAGGCCCAUGCAGAACAGCCACAACCAGCCCGCAGCCAAAACCAGAGCCAAGCCCAAAGAUCCAGCCCCUGCACUGAGGAGAAGCACCAGCUCUGCAGGACAUUCUUCACGUGCAGAAAAAAAGGAAGAUCAUAUGGCAAUCGAAAAUGGAUUACAGGUACGAGGACGCAGGACUCGAUGUGAUAGGGCCUCAAUUAUGGUCACCGCAACAGCUCUGAACCCGAGAGAACACAUCACCAAGCCAAAGUCCCACACGUCCUCCACAAAUGGACCGAGGGAACGGCGCCACAGGCGGAAUACACGGCGCGGCAGUGACAAAGACUCAGGCGACUCAGGAAAGCUCCCCACCUCUCUGCCACAUUCCUUGACUUCGGUUUCUGCACCACGGCAGGGAUUAGCAAAGCAAGAAACCCAAAAUGAGACUACUGCCCGUUUACAUGAACCUAGAGCUGAGGACACGGACAGCGACAGUGACCUAUCUGACACUGAGAGGCUCCCGGGACCUCCCUCUAUCACCGCCCCUCCUGAACUGCAUCUGCGUGCAGAAGAAAUCAACCCCUGUGACAUCCGACCUUCACGGGCUGCACAUCGGUCCCGCUCUAGCGAUGGCUACCCAGAUUUUCUACCCCCGCCUUUCAACUCCUGGAGUCUCCAGCAGCUGGCUGUGUAUUUAAAUACGGAUGGCAGGGGUGCAUCCCGCCCCAGGCCCGUGGGCCAGCUGGAGAGAUACUUGGAACGACUGCUGCAGCUGGAAUGGCGGCAGAUCCAGACGGUUCAUGAGGAGAGCAACAAGGCCAUCCCGUUUUCAUGGGCCAGCUGCCACAGACCCCAUACCAGCCCUCAUUCCAACCUGAGUGCUCCAAAAAGCAUCCUUCAGUGCCAGAGGGCUUUCCCACUCGCCCUGCUGUCUUCCCUCGCCAAGGCACCACCCCUCCAGCCUCCCACAUGCACCUGUCCCAGCUGCCGCAAAAAUUACCCCAUUUGCAAUGGAGCGUGCCGCUUAUACACUCACCCACACCACUCCCAUUUGAGUCCGCUUCCCGAAAAGAGGGGUAAGGCCCCGGGGGUGCCACGAAGGAGCAGCAGCGAGAGUCGGGCUCAGCAGUUCCAGCGCAAACCUGGACCUCGCAACCAUAGACUUAGUGACCCACUGGACAACACUAGUUACCUAAAGCGCAUGCAGGCCAUUGGCAACAUUCGGAAUCCAGCAGGUGGUCCAUGUGUGGAGAGCAGCAUGGAGGUCGGUGCAUUGAGGAAAAAAGGCACUGGGGAAAGGAGCCAGUCGUGUGGAGAUGUGAGAGAGGACAGCUACAGGAGAGCAAGAGUAGAGCGAAAGACAUCAACACAGCAUAUACGGCAAGACUCAAAGUCAUCAGGUGCUACCAGUUCAGAUGACUUGCACAGUUCUAAAGACUCAGUCACUGGUAGAACUGCUGGGAAACAGAAACGGGUUGAGUUUAUCACAUGAACAUUCUCGUACAUGCCACAAAUAAAUUAUACUGCUCCAUCUACUGCCCACUGUCCUUACAGUGGGGCUUAAACGUUUGUGAACCCUUUAGAAUUUUCUAUAUUUCUGCAUAAUUAUGGCAAGGUCUACAAUUAGAUAAAGAGAAACCAGUUAAACAAAUGAGAAAAGAAUAUUAUGCUUGAUCAUUUAUUUAUUGAGGAAAAUUAUCCAAUAUUACGUAUUUGUGAGUGGCAAAAGUUUGAGAGCCUUUGCUUUCAGUAUCUGGUUUGAUUUCCUCCCUUUGCAGCAAUAACUGCCACUAAAUAUUUCAGAUAACUGUCGAUCAGUCCUGCACAUCAUCCUGGAGAAAUUUUUGCUCAUCCCAUUCCUGUAAUGUUGGUGGGUUUCCUCCUUUCACAACAUUUCCACUGGAUUGAGGCCAGGACCUGGCCAUUCCAAAACACUAACUUUAUUCUCCCUGAACCAAUCUUUGGUUCAAGAAUGACUUGUGUGCUAAGGGUUGUUGUCUUGCUGUAUGACCCACCUUCU